AGGCUAAAGAUUAAUCUGUCACAGAUCAAUAAGUUGUUAUAUACAAGGUAAGAUUCAAACAUCCGACACUCAUUUAAGUGAAGUGAGCAGACCAGUCACUCAUUUAAGUGAAGUGAGCAGACCAGUCAACCGAUCCAAAUUGGUUGAAAUACAACCAAAUUAAACAUAUCAAUUCUAGACAAUAGUACUAGUCAAGAAAGAAAUCCAAGAUGAACAUAUAUGCUGUUUGGAGAAAAGACAACAUGAUACAGACCUUAUAAAAAUCCAUGGUUAUGAAGGCUAUAUGACACCCCCAAAAUGUCUUUUAUGUGAACCUUUUAAGGCUUUAACUAACGAUCAAGCUAUUCAAUCUUCUUAAAUAAACAACUUUGGCGUGGAGGGAACUCCACCCCAUUUGUUUUUACACCUUUUCUUCAUUUCUUUCUCCCUCAAAUUCCAAACCAAUCUCCAUAACCAGCUAAGAAAUUUAUAUACACUUUUCAAGUAUCAGUGUAUUCAUUAUAUGGCUUCUACCACAAGUACAGAGCCUGUGAAAUCAUCAUCAGCUCCAAUUCCUCUAGCUGCUUUGGAUUAUUCUAAGAUUGAUGUCAUACUAAGAUUUCUGUUGUUUGGUGCAUCAGUGUCUGCUGUUGCUUCCAUUGUCUCUAGUGAUCAAACUGAGUUAGUGCUAUUCCAAGGUGUGCCUGUGCCAAACCCUGCCAAGUUCAAAUACUCACCAGCCCUUGUAUAUUUUGUUUCUGCAUUCAGUGUUUCUGGAUUGUAUGGCCUCCUCACUACUAUUGUAUCAAUCUCUGUUAUCCAAAAGCCUCAACACAAAUUGAAGUUCCUCUUCCACCUUCUCCUCUGUGAUGCGCUUAUACUGGGGAUAGUAGCCUCAGCUACAGGAACAGCUGGAGGCAUUGCAUAUCUUGGUUUGAAGGGAAACAGCCACGUCGGUUGGAUCAAAGUUUGCAAUGUGUAUGACAAGUUCUGUAGGCAUCUUGCAGGCUCCAUAGCCGCGGCUUUGUUCGGCAACAUUGUCAAUGUCUUGCUCAUAUGGCUUUCAGCUUACACCCUUCACACUCAUGUCCCCAAAUAGAUCAUUGAAGGGAAAUAUAGAUCGUUCACCAAUACAUAUGCACUCAACUCUCUUCCAGAGUCACAUUGUUAAGAAAUUUAGCCAGUUGUGUUACUUUGUUUGUGAGUCUUGCUGCAGAGGUGCUUAUUCAGUUGUACUUUGCAUUCUAUUUGUCCCUUGAAUGAUUUUGUAUUUUGUGAUAAUAAAACUAAAACGAUUUGGUGUCCCUAAAGAGAGAUUAGUUAUAUUUAUUUAUACCAUGAUCAAGUUAUUAUACUAUUAAUGCAUCAUAGAGAUUAUUUGGUUGA